AUGGGAUUCUUCAAGUCUACCAUCGUCAGCUUCGCAGCAGCUGUCUUCUUCCCCCUCGUUCGCGCAUCGCUUACCAGGGAGGCUGAAGAGUGGAGCGGCGCUCAAUACAUAGCGUUCAAUGGCACCGUCUCCGGCACAGUAACGUACGACAAUAGCGACUGCACAUCGCCCAACUACGGUCCUUAUGUCAACUCGUAUCUCUACGUCGGCGUCAAUCCUCCCUGGGAUACGAACCCUUUUUUCUUCGAGCUCUACCAUCUCGCAUCCGAGGGCGAAGGCUUCCUCGUGCUCACCGAGGACCGCGUGUACAAUCUCGACUUUGCGAGCUCGGCGUAUGCGUGCUGGAACGACGAUGGGACGCCCUGCCAGUUCUUUGAGUAUGAUUAUACUUUCAUGCCAGAGAAGUUGCUGGAUUUGGCGAAGGCGAGCGUGAAGAAGUCGACGGUUGAAGGGGAGGAUGGAUAUGAAGUUAGCGGAAGCCAGGACACGUAUGUGAAGAACGAGACGCGGAGGGCGACGAUUAAUAGUGUGGAUGUGGCGAGUGGGUGUUAUGAUAGCGGUAUUGAUUGGUAUAACUGGAUCUGGAACGAGACGCAGUCCUGGGAAUACACUGUUAGCUUCUCCAACUCGUCCGGCAAAGCAACACUCAAAACCGAAAUCUCAGGCAGCACCAUGGAGAUCACUUUCUCAGGUGAACGCAUGACGAACUCCUCUUGGCCCGACAUCGAGCUCGUCACGGACGACGAUUCCAAGCCCACGUUCCGGUACAGUAACGACAGCGAGAUCCACUUCAAGAACUUCUCGGGCACCUGGCGAGCUUCCCCCGAAGAGUUUACGGACGCCACGGGCACGGCGAGGCUGCCUACUGCGACGAGCACUGGGUUGAGGAAUGGCGAGACGAGCACGGUUACUGGAGGUGCGAACCUACCUAGCAGCACUGACGCUGCUUGGGUCGUGAAGGCGCCGGGUGCUUUGGUGUCGAUUCUGCUUGCACUUGGUGGAUUCUUUGUGUUCUGAUGAUGCUCGGUGUUUU